AAUUUCCUGACUACGAAGUUUACCUUUCUGAAAUUCAUAAAGCAACAGCAAAAUAUUAUAGUAGAAAACGAAAGGAUAUGUUAAAUGAUGCUGCAUCAUUGUACAAAGAAUUAUGGGUUUUAUGUCAGACAAAACAGGCUACUGGAGACUAUGUACCUGCUGUUAUUAUGACCGAUGCUGAUCUGGCUUUGGAUCUUGCAAUCUUCGAAGAGUAUAAACAAUCUUAUGCCAUGCAUUGUAUAUUCCAUAUAUCACAAAACCUUCCUCAAAAUCUCGAGGCUAA